GGCUUGCUAGCAAUGGAGAGCAUCUCUUCUUCCCCUUCACCCUUCUCUGCCACAUUGCAGCCUGAGAACACCACCACCCAUGAGUACUACUGGGGCCUCCAGAAGAGCAUGCACAUCCUCUCCAUGGUGGUGUACAGCAUCGCCUGUUUGCUGGGGGUGACAGGGAAUGGCCUUGUCAUCUGGAUUGCAGGCUUCAAGAUGAAGAAGACAGUGAACUCUGUCUGGUUCCUCAACCUGGCCAUUGCUGACUUCAUCUUCACCUUUUUCCUGCCCCUCAGCAUUGUGUACACUGCCCUAGGCUUCCACUGGCCAUUUGGGAAGCUCCUGUGCAAGCUGAACAGCACCAUUGCCUUCCUCAACAUGUUUGCCAGCGUCUUCCUCCUGACGGUCAUCAGCAUGGACCGCUGCAUUUCUGUGGCCUUUCCUGUCUGGUCUCACAACUGCAGGAGCCCAAAGCUGGCAGCCAAGAUUGCACUGGGGACCUGGAUCCUGGCUCUCCUCCUCAGCUCCCCAUACCUCAUCUUUCGGGACACUGUGGUCAGCUCCAGGAACAUCACCACCUGCUACAACAAUUUUGCGCUGUCCGAUGACUACACGUCAGAGGCGACGCGGAGGCUGUGGAGGAUGCGGCACAAAGCCAUGAUCAUAACGCGGUUCUUGUGUGGCUUCCUCAUCCCCUUCACAGUCAUCCUCAUCUGCUACAGCAUCCUUGCUGUCAAGCUGAGGAGGCGGCAGCUGGCCAGCUCAGCGAAGCCGUACAGAAUUAUCAUCGCUGUCACAGUCUCGUUUUUCCUCUGCUAUUUCCCCUACCACGUCUUCUCCUUGCUGGAGAUAUCCCAAAACUCUUCCAGCCAUGAGAUGAGAAUGGCUCUUUACAUAGGGAUCCCCUUGGUUUCCAGCCUUGCUUUCUUCAACAGCUGCAUCAACCCCAUCCUCUAUGUGUUUGUAGGGCUGGAUUUCAAGGAGAAGUUUCGCCAGUCCCUCCUGUCGACCUUUGAAGGAGCCUUCAGUGAGGAGUCACUCCUAGGCAGCCUGACUAGCAGGAGAAAAUCCAGGUCUGCUUCGGAGGUGGAGGUCCCCAGGGCCUGA